GAGGAAGCGAAAUCGUGUGAAAGAGCACGAGGAGAGAUCAUUUACUAACGGACACAAGAUGACGCCGUGAAGAGCAAACACGAGAUGAGUCUACAGCUUCUUAGUUAAUAUGACGUAAUAUACGUGGGCAGGCAGCAGGACGCUGCAUCAUCAAAUUUGACGUUACCUCUAUAUCUCAGUUCGUGGGAUUAUUUCCACAACGAAUGAGGAGAACUACCGGUGUGCAGAAGCGGAAACAAAAACGAAAUGUCAAACAAAAUUACCCACUGGAAAUGCGCUUCAGGUUGUUUAGGAGAGGACGGAAAAAUAUUGGCAAUACUAUAGUGAUGAACUGUACUACUGCUAGUGGAACUACAACUGUUUUUAUGCACACUACUAGCAUUCAUCCAUCCCGUCAUCGUGUCGGUCUAUCCUUCUAAGUAAAAAGUUACUAAGUGUAAGUAUUGGUCAGCAUCAACCAGAUAGAUCACGACCAGUAGAAAGAUAGACCAUCAACACGGUGGAUGAAUCUAGUUUAUGGGUGCUAGCGCUAAUCUCAUCUCUUAGACUCUCGUGAAAGAUGGACCCACAGCAGUUUCUAGGGAGUCGGGUCUUGCAAUGGCAGGCACCCGGGGGCCUGCUAGGCAGGUAUUCAUGCUUAUCCUAGUAGUCGUGUCCUCUCUACUGUUUUUCCGGGAAAGCGACGGACCGACGAGCCUGAGGAUGACCGUGUCUUCUGUUAAUACCUUACAAUGAAUUACCCAUAGCUUUCAGAUUUCCAAUAGUUGCAAGUAAUGGAUAUGCUACGAGUUGUACAACUAUAACGACCAGGUUGAAGGCACGACGGGGAGCUAGCGGGCAGUCGUCUCAACAGAGUAGUAUACUAAGGACUUCACCGGUUCGCUGCGAUUAUCCACUACCUUGGAGAUUUGAUUGGGGUACUGCACUACUUUGAAUUGGGGUCAAAUUCAGAAGUACAAAUUAAUAGAAAUAGUAGUGCUCCUGUAAGUAAGCAGUAUGACAAAUUCUUGUGUCCUUGAUCUUGAAUAUACAGAAUACCACUCGGGAGAAUAUAGAAUAGCACUCGUUAUAGAUUAUACGGGCGAUAGUCAACUUUCAACCCGUAGCUUCGGUUAAGGACUAGAACCCGAUAAGUGUAACUUCUGCCAAUCCAACAACAAGCUAGACUAGCGGGUAGAAGCCGCCAGGGAAAUCUUCGGCGGUUCGCCGUAUAGGUUCACGCCAUUCAUCCCGUGCAACUUCUGCCCAUCCGGUGCCCAAAAAAAGAAGCCGGGCUGAGGCGGGAGCCUUCCUAAAUCUAAAUCUAAACCAAAACGAAUAUUCAUCCUUUAUUUCAGCCUUCCUCUUUCAUCCCCAUCAUCAUUUUUUAGGCGGUCACGAUCCUGCGACGCCUACGAUGGAACUGAGCAUAACUCUGCAUAAUUCCAUGUACGCUCUUAUGACGCCAGGAAAAACAUUACUCAUGAUACUAAUGUCUACCUGACUACUUACUUCCUUGUCUAAGGUGUACCUGAUGAUUACUCAUAAUACUGUAACCCGGCUAGUUCUUGUUUCCUCGACGUUUGUUCGGGUCUUCUUAGUUCCUAUUGACAGGACCCCAAGAUAGUGCCUUGUUCUUCUAGUCUACGGCUUAAAUCUAUUUGUAGGUGGUCGUAAGCUCUAGCCGCAUAAGAAUAGCAAGUGUUGUUUAGACUUCUAAGUCUACUUGGGCUAUUCUCUGGCUCAUAUGUCCGAUCAGCUUUUUAGUCUAAUGAUUUGUAGUGCUGUGCCCUUUUACCUUUCCACCAAAUGGUUGGUGAGACUACUUUAGUUAUUCAGUUGGGUAAGUACUUUGGCUGGGUACACUACUACUACUAUUUAAAUGCAGCUCCUCGUCUGUCUUUGAAUUGAUCCACUUACGUUACAUGAGUAAUGAAGAUUUUCCUGUCAUAGCCGUCUUCGCGGGAAUCACCUACUUUAUCGGCCACACGUCUUUGCGAUCCUGUUCAAAGUUCCAGAAAAUUAUGGAAAAACUACAGAUUAAUUGUAGACCGUACGUACUACGGUUCUACUGAUUUUUCAUGCGGUACAGUUCGGAAUCCUAUCCCAGGUCAAGCCCCUAAAUAUGUCGUAAUUCUCUAAAAAGGCGGCUAGUUUUGGGCGAUAGCAGAGCACGGGACCACUCGACAACUUGAACCACUUCUUUCGUCCUAUUCCUGCAGAUGACGCCCUGUUGACAACGUAGUUGUUGUACCAGCCUGUUGUCGAGGUAAAAAUUGUACCAGACGAGGAGGUGUUGUUACUGUUGUUUUGUGUCUUUUACAAGAACCUCUGAAGGGAGAGGAGACCACCUAUGCACCCUGAAGGGAGACCACCUGUUUGGCGUCUCUUUGGAUUCGGAUUGAAGAAUUCUUUUAGAACAAAGGGAAAGUGGGACAUGAU